AUGACAGGCCGCGUUGCUGUCCGGGCGCUGGUUGGGCGUGCGGAGGAGCCUGGCCGCUGGACGAGCGCGCUCUGGGUCUCCCUGGACAAAGGCCGCGGGAGUGUCGCCGCAGGGACAGUGCACAGGUGGUUGCAGUUAGCAGUCCGGCGCCGGGCAGCAGACGGCGGUGGCGGCAGCAGGCGUGAGGACCGUGGGCAGGCAGGAGAUCACAAGAGAAUAGCAGACACAGCAGCAGCAGCAGCAGCAGCAGCACCAGGAGGACUCGAGCAGCACGAUGCGAUGCACGCACACGUUGUUUUGAAGGAGAAGCAGACGCGACCGUUGGAGCAGCUCAGGGGCCCCUCGUUCGGAUGGUGGGCAUGCAGUGCCGUCCCCUGCAACAGCAAAGGCGUGCGGCGAGCAAGCAAGCAGCGAGCCGACGCAAAAGCAAGCGAUGUCAACGCCAGGGAGACACAGGUCACGAACUCCCUCGGUAUUGCCAAUAUUCACCUCCAUCCCUUUGCUCCCGUUGCCGCGCCCCAAGCACCUUCGCGGUGGAGCAACUGGGGCGUCGCCAGCUUCCGUGCAGAGACUCGCUCGACCUCCACUAUUGUCUCCAUUUGGCCAGCCACGGCAACAGACAUGCCCUCUUGA